AUGCUCGGCCGGCUCUUGCACUUGGGCUCCGGCGGCCCUUCAGCCACGCCUACACUGGCCACUACCAAAACCUCUAGGCCCGUAUCCUCGCUUGAAUCUGUUCAAGAGGAUAUCUUUACCCGAAAUCUACUUUUUCCAGACGCCCAUGCUUUGUAUCAGCAUCGCAAUGAUCAAGUGUUCCCUCUAUCAAGUACUCCAACCACCCCUGCAACCUCUACAGCAAACGCCUUCGACUACAGCGGUGAUGUCGACCUGGACGUGCGUGAUGUUCGGGUUAUCAUUAUGCAGGAUGCCCUAGGCCCUUCCAAUGCCUCUCUUCUCUUUGAUAGUCACCCUGCCCCUCCAGUAUCUCCCACAGAGCGUGCGCCUAUCCCUCCAGAGUUUCGUCGAACCCCGACAUCACCACGCAAAAGCAGUCUCGGUGGAUUGUCACGACCUCUCGUCAUUCAACCCGAAGGCCCUCCUCAACCUUCUCCUCGACAGGGUGCUUUCGAUCGCCGCUCCUCACUCCAGGGGCGAAGGGACAGCCAAGCCGAGUCAGAUGGACAGAAGGCUUCCCGUGAAUAUCGCGAGGAGCUUGCGACUUUCUCCAGCUGCAUUUUUGGAAAUUCGGAACUAAUGUCCUAUAAAGGGACAUCGACCAAGGUUCAUGUCGUGCCAGGCGAGUCACGCCCUGCUGAGCCCUCGAGUAGCGUUAUUGGAGAUGGCAGGAGCUCCAUCGGACGCUCUAGUGCUCGUUCCAGUCGACUAUCUCAGUCAUUCUCCUCGCAAGCCUUUUCUCCCACCAACGCCUCCACUGCCCAUAACCAUACAUUCACUUCUCGUCCAGUUGAGAAGAAGAAAGUUCUAAUAACUCGCCUGUUUCCCGUAAACCUCCCUACCGAUGACCCUGACAGCACCUCGCCCUCAAAUCACUGGGCAGACGAUAAUUCUGGUUUCCCCUUUCCAACGACAAGCGACGAAUCUGUGCCCAAGAAGAAGAAACCACAUGUCAAGCAACGGCGAACUCCAAUGUAUGCCGUGGUGCUAGUGGUUCAACUCCCUACCUCCAACGCUACGUCAACUCGAAUGCCUACGAGUCAGUCCAAAUCUGCACAGCGUGAAUCAAGCUCUUACAACGACCAAGAGUUCUUCCCGUCAUCUUUCAGCUCAGCUCGACCUUCGGGAUGGACCAUGGUUGGAUCUGGAAAUGGUGAUGGGGCAGACUCGACAUACACAGCCGACAUGGAAGACAGAAUCGACUCACUCACUCGGCAUUGGGAUAUCAUUAUGAGGACGUUAACCCAUCUUCAGUCUGUGGUGGCCACAAUCUUAGCAACAAUGCUUAGACAGGUCGACCUGGCUUCUCCUGGGCCUGCCCCGGGACCCGCCCAGGCUUCAGUAACAUCCAACAAAACUGGCAGAGCCACCUCUUUCUCAGAGCAACGGCGGGGUGAGAUGUCUCGGAUUAAGCCUCCGAAGAGCACCACGAAACUGGUCUACCUCUGGCCCAAUUGUCUUGCAGAUGACACAAACAUUGCCGGAGAAGUUGACGCUUCUAGACAUAGAAUUGUCAUGGGAUUAAGCGCAGCACGAGUCGUGACAGGUCAGGGUCGGUGGGGAAUCUGGCGUGAUGAAGCACGCUGGACCUCCAAAUGGGUCUCUGGAAUAGACCAGCACAACCAAUUCUUCUAUAACCUCCUGACUGGAUUUCUUUCAACCCAUACGGAUUGGCUGCAGGCUCUUUGCCCCCCUUCCUAUCGAAGACGGCUUUAUCUCCAGCAGAAGAACCGAAGCGAGGAGGAUCUUUCACUCCCGGCACGAACCAUUAUUGUAUCUGAUGACAAGAUGGUUGCUCGACGCCUUGUCUUCCUUCUCUCUGCGUUUCUGCCCGCCAAUUCCCAGUUUCCCACGACCCGUGCUCAUCGACCUAGCACUUCGACGUCCGUUGGGACAUAUUCCCACUCGCCUCCAGCUUUUGUCAUUCCUGUUCUUCGAGAAGAGUCUCUUCGUCGUAAGAUCAACCGACGCACAGGGAUACGCCGAGUCUCCCAUUCGAGAACAACAAGUCAAAGCGCAAGAUCUUCAGCUGUGCCCAUGCAACUGGCUCAUCUGACAAUGGACCGGAACCAUGAACGGCGAGUUUCGGACGCAGCCUCAAUUCGACCUCCCAACUUCGCAAUGUUCGGUAAUGACAUCGUGAGUAGGAAGAGCAGUGCUGCAACAACCACAACAGUCAUGCCUGAGACAACCAUGCCGCAUUUCUCCACAGCUCAGCGAGUGGAAUCACAAAGACGACCCCGCCCUAGUAGCAGCGGAAGCGUCGCUACUGACGAUCUUAAGCGCUCCUUAAAAAGAGGAGAAAGCACAGGCGCCAUGAGCAAUGGUAGCAGCGACUCUAGAAGCCAAAGUUCGCGUUGGGGAAGCGUCAUUAGUGGUCUUUGGAGUACGCGACGCCGUGAUUCGACUUCUUACAGCACGUAUAGUGGGUAUGAUCCGAAGUCGCCCACCAAGGCAUCUUUCCAUCGCACGGAUAAGUUAUCCCAGAUGGUCGAGGAAGCAACUCUGGCGGAGAACACAAGUGCUCCCUCAUCGUCGGCGCGUCGCCCCUCUACUGAUGCUCUUCGGGGAGCAGGCACUCCAAGGGACUUCAAAGGCCAUAGCCGGGAGCCAUCCAUCCGUCCCGACAGGACACCAGACCCCAACGGUGCCUUUGAGUCCCCUGUCAAAACAUCCAUCAAUGCCGAUGAUGGUAUCAUUGAUGUCGACAUCUCCUUUCCCGACUAUAUGACUUCCUUUGAGUCUGCUAUCAGCUCGCCAUCAAGCAGCGGUUAUCUUUCUACCCCUGGACUUCAAAGCGGACUCGAGUCAUUUGAGCAAGCCUCGCGUUUGUGUGUCGACGGCGAUCUUCCUCUUAACGCUGCUGGUUGGCUAAACCGUUAUCACCCUGACUUUGCUCUUCAGGCUAUUCCUCCUCAGGAGGACCUCAUGGAGCAGAUCAAGGCGUCUCUUCAGGCUGAGCCAACACCACCUCCUACUCACCCCAUUCUGGGUGACCUCAACGAGCGCUGGGUAGAUAUCAGCAGUGUUAUGGUUGCAGAUACUACCACCAACUCAAUCACUCGUCUCCGAUACCGUCGGUUGGUCAAGCCACGAUCGCCUGCUGAUCACCGACCCCUUACUGGCCCACCUGGGCUUUCAACCUCUUACGGGGGACUCCUGACUCCCUCAAUUCUUCCCUACGAGACUCAGCUCGAAGAAGAAUGGAUUGAAGAACCCGUCUUGCGUCCUGACGAGACCCUGACUGAUGCUGUUGAGAGGGUUAUCAGCUUGAGCCAAGAUACCAGUAAAGACCACUCUCUGGCUUCUUCUCAAACACAUAGCGACACUCGCAUGAGUACUGAAGUCGAGGAGCCAGUCUCCAUCACGGCCCCAAUUACACCAGCAUUGGCACCGGCACCCUUGGAGAUACCUCGUGUGCAAUGCAAGACAGUCGUUCUUUCUGCUCUUGAAGAUAGCAUCCGGGAAGUCAUUGACAUUCGCGAGAAGCGACAUCUCGAGACCAACCACACCAGAAAUGGCCGAACACUAAGCCCACUUCAUGAUGCCAUCAGCAUGUGGCUUGAUAAUCUAGAUAUUACUGACGGAUGA